CGCCGGACACCGGCUCCUGCGCAGCCCCGUCCUGUGCAUCAGCAGGAGUCACCUGGAAGCGCAGCACCCUGUCCUGUGCACCGGCUCUGCGCAGCCCGGGAACGCAGCACCGUCCUGUAUCUCAGCGGGAGUCAUCUGGAAACGCAGCACCGUCCUGUGCACAUCAGCAGUCACCUUGAAACGCAGCACCAAGCUGUGUAUUGGCAGGAGUCACCUUGAAACGGAGCACUGACUUGUGUACCGGCAGGAGUCACCUGGAAAUGCAGCACUGACCUGUGUAUUGGCAGGAGUCACCUUGAAACGCAGCACCGUCCUGUGUGCAGACAAGACUCUCCUGUGUACGGCCAAGAGUUGCAGAGAAACGCAGCACCAUCCUUUGCACAGCAGGAGUCACCUUGCAACGCGGUACUGACCUGUACAAAACAGGAAUCACCUUCAAAUGCACCACUGACCAGUUUGCGGCCAAGGGUCCCCAGAAACGCAGCACUGUCCUGCGUACAGACAGGGGUCACUGAGAAACGUGGCACUGUCCUGCGUAUAGACAGGAGUCACUGAGAAACGCAGCACCGUCCUGUUUACGCUGGGAGGAGAGGGCGAUGGCAGAAGUCAGCAGUGAGUCGCUGGGCGUGCGUUGGGCAGACUGGAUGUCGAGGUUACCGGAGAGCAUCCACGCCGUCCCGCUGACUGCGCUAGCCAUCCCUGGGUCACACGACUCCUUCAGCUUCUACAUCGAUGAGUCGUCCCCGGUGGGGCCCGAGCAGACGGACACGGUGCAGAGCUUCGUCUCGGUGUUUGGUGUGGUGGCUAAGCGCCUGAUGAGGAAGUGGCUGUCGACCCAGAGCCUCAGCUUCCGGAAGCAGCUGCAGGCGGGGAUUCGCUACUUCGACCUGCACAUCUCCACCAAGCCCAGGGACCCGGAGCACCAGCUCUACUUCGCUCACGGUUUCUACAGCACCACGGUGAGGGAGGGGCUGGAGGAGAUCAAGGCCUUCCUGGUAGAACAGCCCAAGGAGGCCAUCUUCCUGGACUUUAACCACUUCUACGGCAUGCAGAAGCGUCACCACGAGGAGCUGGUGGCAAUGCUGAGGGAGUGUUUUGGCGAGAGGCUCUGCCCCGUCAUCUUCGCCCAGGAGGUCAGCCUGCAGUACCUCUGGGACAAGGGCUAUCAGAUCCUGGUCUUCUACCACAACCCCGUGGCCCUGGACGUCACCUUCCUGUGGCCAGGGCAGAUGAUGCCAGCACCCUGCCCCAACACCACCGACCCCGAGAAACUCAUCCAGUUCAGCCAGGCCUCCAUCGCCGAGCGCCGCAGCAAGGGCACCUUCCACGUGUCGCAGCUGGUGCUCACGCCCAGGGCCAGCACCGUGGUGAAGGGCGUGACCAGCGGCCUGAGGGAGACUAUCGCCGAGCGAGCCCUCCCAGUGAUCAUUCGGUGGAUCCGAUCCCAGAAACCGGGGGAGAAUGGAGUCAACAUCGUGACAGCAGACUUUGUGGAACUGGGAGAAUUCAUCGGGACGGUGAUUGGACUUAAUUACCCUGCGGAGACUGGAGGGGGGAGCACCAGCUGAGCAGUAGGCCAACUCCCCACCCUCCCGUCGCUCCCAGGCUAGACCCCUGUUGUCGUAACCAGUUUCCGGAUCCUUCUGUGGUGUGUCCGUCCCUUGUGAUGUCGAAGCCAUUCAGUGUCCGGGAUGCCGUGGUCUGGGAGUCGGGGCAGACGUCUGGGGCAGCGCAAGGUUCACCCAGUGCCCGGGUGGUCUGAGCUCAACACCUCCUCCAGCCUCCCCCUCCCACCCCCCACCUCCUCCCUCACCUCCAGUGGGGAAGUUCAGUCCCCUACAUGGCAUGACCCCCAUUCACCCUUCAACCCUGGUGAACCCUGACAAACUGGAGUGCUUGGUCUUCCAAGGUCUGGCCCCUCCUGCGAACCCCUUCCGGACCCCUUGAUCAUCCCUCCUGAGGUGUCCAACCUGAUCUCAGAUCUCCUAGACCCUACCCCGGGACCUCGCCUCCCCUCGAGCAGCUUGGUCACCAGCUCCCAGGGCACCAACCAUGCCGACUGUUGGCUGUUCUCACUGCCUGGGCCCUCGGACUGUGCGCGGAUGGUGUCGGACACGGCCGCUGUGGUGAUGAGGCCACCAGGGGUGGACAACAGACCCUGCUGUCAUUCCGUCAGGUACCGGCGGUUCUGGAAGGUCUCGGUGCCCUCACCCAAUGCACGUCGACCUCAGAUGGGCACAGGGACCUUGGUUUCAUCACCUGUCAGCAAGGGGCCACGGGCAGUGAGGAUUAGCCCCUGGUUACUGGUCCCCACCAAGGAGAUAGUCUCCGUCCACAGACCCUCAGCAGUCUAACACUGGAGAUCGCAGAGAUUUGAUCAGCUCCCAACCUCGCCCACUCCGGUGACGUGGAUCUGUCCUGAUUUCUGUCACGUUCCAGAGCUCUGGAAGUGUGUGAGACGCAGAGUGAAGCUCCCUCCACGCCGUCCCAUCACACACUCCCAGGGUCAGACACAGGGUGAAGCUCCCUCCACACCGUCCCAUCACACACUCCCGGGGUCAGACACAGGGUGAAGCUCCUCCACACCGUCCCAUCACACACUCCCGGGGUCAGACACAGGGUGAAGCUCCCUCCACACCGUCCCGUCACACACUCCCAGGUCAGUGUAGGUGAGGAUGGGUGGUGCUGACUGGUGAGUGUGUGAGCUGCUCGUGUGCCCCCUCUGGUGGUCAGGCUGAGGUUGGCAGGGACAGGGCAAGCCCAGAAUGUGGUUUGUGCCCCGGGUCGGGUGAACUGACCCUCCCAGAUCUCCCUGAGUCCGUGUUCAUGGUGACCACCUUCUGUUCUGUGUUGUGUUUGUUCAAGCCACUGGUGAAUGUUUCCUGUGAUUGCUGGCAGCUUGUGUUACAACAGUGGCUGUGUGUUGUGCAGUGCCAUCUGUCAAUGGACCGUGUCCCACCGAGGAACAGUCGUUGUCCCAAUAAAACCCUGUCAAUCUGUGCAACGUCACUGAGGUGUUCCGUGUGAAGGCAGCAAUGGA